CUAAACACCGUGUAUUCAUGCAAACACACUCAUGCAUACAUGUUUUUACCAUUUCAAAGGAUAAAUUGUGCACAGCCAGAGUUUAAUUGGAGUAUUACUGUGGUUUUUCAGGCAAGGAGAGCUCUUCGGGCACUCAAAGGGCUUGUAAAGCUCCAAGCUUUGGUAAGAGGCCACAUUGUCCGAAAGCGAGCAAAGAUGACACUUCAAUGCAUGCAAGCGCUUGUACGAGUUCAAACUAGAGUCCGUGAUCAACGUAAGAGGCUUUCAUAUGAAGGAAGCAUAGGUUCCAUGUUCAGUGAUCCCAGCAGUUUAUGGGAAUCUCAUCUUGCAGACAGAAAGUCCAUUUCUAGAGAAGGAAGUAGCAUUGCAUAUGAUUGGGAUGAUCAUCAACACACCUUAGAGGAGAUCCAAGCCAUGAUACACAAAAGAAAGGAAGCUGCUCAGCUUGCUCAUGUCUUCUCUCACCAGAUGUGGAGAUCUGAGAAGAACCAAAUUCCAGGCAACCAAGAGGUUGAUGAAAGCAGCAGUUGGUCUGACCAGUUGGAGAGGAGGGGUAGAGCAUCUUGUGAUCAAAGAGAAACCAUAAAAACAGUGGAAAUUGACACUGCUAAGCCUAACUCUUUCUCCGGACUCAAUUUGCAGAGAUCACAAAAUCAAUAUUUGCACUACCAACAACAAAAACCCUGUUCAUACUCUGUUUCUUCCCCACUCAACAGAACACAUCAAAAUCUCUCCAUCCGCUCACCCAUCACACCAUCUCAAUCCAGAAGAAAACUACUCCCAGUGCAUUCAGCGAGCCCUCGUUGCCCAAGAGAAGCCGACAACUAUCCAAAAGCUCAGACACCAACUCUUCGCUCCAAUUCCUACCAUAGAAUGAGUGUAAGUGGGAAUUGUAGUUCUGUCCCAAUGCCGAGUUACAUGGCAGCUACUGCAUCGACCAAUGCUCGAGUUCGUUCACAGAGUGCACCAAGGCAGAGGCCUUUGACCCCAGAGAGAGAAAAACCAGGUUCAGUGAAGAAACGGCUGUCUUUCCCUGUUCAAGAUUCAUACAAUGACAUUGGCAUCGACUGUUGA